CCCCCAAUCUCUCCCCUCCAGGCUGUGCCUUUCUCACUUACUGUGCCAGGGACUCUGCCAUCAAAGCUCAGACUGCUCUGCACGAACAGAAGACCUUGCCCGGGAUGGCGAGGCCAAUCCAGGUGAAGCCUGCGGACAGCGAAAGUCGUGGAGGGGACCGGAAGCUGUUUGUGGGGAUGCUGAACAAGCAGCAGUCGGAGGAGGACGUGCUGCGGCUGUUCCAGCCCUUCGGGGUCAUAGACGAGUGCACGGUGCUCCGGGGGCCUGAUGGCAGCAGCAAAGGCUGUGCCUUCGUGAAGUUCUCCUCCCACACGGAGGCUCAGGCGGCAAUCCAUGCUCUGCAUGGCAGCCAGACCAUGCCGGGUGCCUCCUCCAGCCUGGUGGUCAAGUUUGCCGACACAGACAAGGAGCGAACACUACGGCGCAUGCAGCAGAUGGUGGGCCAGCUGGGCAUCCUGACACCAUCCCUCACCCUGCCCUUCAGCCCCUACAGUGCCUACGCCCAGGCUCUCAUGCAGCAGCAGACAACGGUCCUGUCCACGUCAGGCAGCUACCUGAGCCCUGGCGUGGCCUUCUCACCUUGCCACAUUCAGCAGAUUGGCGCCGUCAGCCUUAAUGGGCUGCCUGCCACACCCAUCGCCCCUGCCUCUGGACUGCACUCACCCCCACUGCUCAGCACUGCCGCCGUGCCCGGCCUCAUGGCUCCCAUCACCAACAGCUUUGCAGGUGUUGUGCCCUUCCCUGGUGGGCACCCUGCCCUAGAGACCGUAUAUGCCAAUGGCCUCAUGCCCUACCCAGCCCAGAGCCCGACCAUGGCCGAGACCCUUCAUCCCGCCUUCUCCGGAGUCCAGCAGUACACAGCCAUGUACCCUACUGCGGCCAUCACUCCCAUCGCGCACAGCGUCCCGCAGCCGCCGCCGCUCCUGCAGCAGCAGCAGCAGCGAGAAGGUCCCGAAGGCUGUAACCUGUUUAUCUACCACCUCCCCCAGGAGUUUGGAGACACGGAGCUGACACAGAUGUUCCUGCCCUUCGGCAAUAUCAUCUCCUCCAAGGUGUUUAUGGAUCGGGCCACCAACCAGAGCAAAUGUUUUGGCUUCGUGAGCUUUGACAACCCGGCCAGCGCACAAACCGCCAUCCAAGCCAUGAAUGGCUUUCAGAUCGGCAUGAAGAGGCUGAAAGUGCAGCUGAAGCGGCCCAAAGAUCCGGGACACCCCUACUGACCACGCCCACAGCCGCCCCUAGGCUGUGGGCUUGGCCCAGGUGAGGGGCCUUCCACCCCAGGAGGGUUUCCCCGCUUCCAACUGAUCCAGGACUUUUCCGUAAAUUACAACCGAGUUUGGACACCAGCCCUUCCUCUCCUCUCCUGUUUCCCCUUAGCCCCCUUCCCAAAAUGUGAACCGCUACCGAAGAGGGCAGGGGGCGGGGGAGCUCCUGAGUUGGGGGCUGAGGAGUUCACCACUUCCUCCUGGGAGAUUUCUUCUCUCCCCACCCCCCACAACCUUGGUGGCUUCCCCAAACUAAAUCACAACUUUUCCUAUAUAUAUAUAUGCAU